GCUGGAACGAGUCCUGGUCCUCAGCGGCUCCAUGUAGUCUCCCACAGCUGACUGGAACCAGAACCAGAGUCCGGAUCACUGACGGGUUCCGUUCACCCGGACAGGAGCUGGGUGCAGGAGGACCGGGGGGACCAUGGAGUGCGGCGUGGACGCGCAGAGCCUGAUCUCCAUGUCCCUCAUGAAGAUCCAGAAGUCCCGGACCCAGAGGGGGGGCAUCAAGCUGCACAAGAACCUGCUGGUCUCCUUCGUGCUCCGGGACGCGCGGCAGGUCUACCUGAAGGAGAGGUACGCCGAGAUCUACCGGAGGCAGCAGUACGAGGAGGUCCUGACGGUCUGCAACGAGAUCCAGGAGCUGGACCCGCUGGACCUGGACCCGGAGGAGGAGGCGGAGCCGGGCGAGGAGGCGUCCGCGUGCAGGGCGGCUCUCCCGUGCUGCGGGAAGGACCCGGACCCGGUCCCGGACCCUCCGGACUACCGGAGCUGCUGCAUGGAGGCUCCGGUGUCCCACUGCAACAGGACCACGGUGCUGGACCUGGACACGCACCUGGUGACCACGGUGGACAACGGCUUCCUGCACCAGGACUGCUGCUGCGCCGCGCCGCAGUGCGCACCGGACCCGGACCCGGACCGGGACCUCCACAGUCCGGACCCGGCGGCUCGGAAACGGAAGGGGGACUUCAGCCGUCCGGAGGAGGAGGUCUCGGACUUUACGGAACCCAGAAAGCGGCUCAGACGGGUGGACGGUCCCGAGCYGAACCCGGACUUCACGGACGCGUCCAACAUCUCCAACCUGAUCUCCAUCUUCGGGUCCGGGUUCUCGGGUCUGCUGAGCCGGCAGGCGGACCUGGAGCAGAUCUGUAGCAAACAGGCGCUGGCCAGCCUGGGAGCCUGGACCCGGGCCAUCGUGGCCUUUUAGAACCUGGAUCUAAAGAGAACCGGGUCCAGAACCCUGCGGGACCAAAAGAACCAGAAACCAGAUGAUCCCAGAUCAGGUCUGAGGUUCUGCUCAGCUUCCAGGGCGGCCCCCCACUGACCCCCCUGGACCAGAGGGUCUC